AUGUUUCAUGGGCUUUUCAAAACUUUUGAUUCACCACCCUCCAGACCACCAUAUUGGGCGCUAUGUGUACCAGAUGGCUGUAACACAGGAGACGUUAAUAUCACUGUGAAUUCCAUAUUGAUGGGUUCAUUAGGGACCGAAAACCAUGUUAGAAUAAAAUUUCCAGAAUUUCUCUGCCAAGCUCUAGACGACGUAGAAUACCUCAUAAUGUUAACUAAUCCUUCGGAAACAUCGGAGUAUUUGAAAGAAAGGGUUGACGAUAUUUCUAGUAAGUUGAUAAUAAAUGGGACUCUCGCAGUGGACACUUUUUUCACCAUUAGUGGUCUUCUACUGUCAUACAAUUUUAUGACUACUAGACAUGAAAAAAUAGGUUUUAGUGUAUUUGAUCAUUACGUACAUAGAUACCUAAGAUUAACAGUACCGUAUGCCCUAACAAUGUUAGUUGUUGCCGCAGUGACACCCUAUCUAGCUGAAGGACCUCUGUGGCCCCUUCUUGUAAAGUCGUUUCAAAGUUCAUGCCAACAAAACUGGUGGUCUUGCCUUUUGUACAUCCAGAAUUAUAUCGACGCCAACAAGAUUUGCCUCCCCCAGGCUUGGUAUUUAAUGGCAGACAUGCAAUUAUUUCUAACAUCACCUAUGGUACUUUUUGGAUUAUGGAAAUUUACCAAAAUAGCGAUAGUUCUGUUAGGAUGGUGUUGUUUAGUAUCUGCUUUGAUUGGUUUUUAUACGAUAUGGAGAGAUAAGCUGCCCGCAGUAAUGCAUAGAAAUUAUUUUUCUGACCAUAAAGGAAUCAUCACAGGCUAUUUAAUCUUCAAAGUGAAACGAGAACGACGUUAUUUAGUGAUUAAGAGGAAAUAUUUAUUAUGUUUUUGGUUGUUAUAUACCGGAAUGUUAGUGGCCUGUGUAUUCGGGUCACCACGAGAUCUGCCAGAUCAAGAAUAUAACGCGUUUUACGAUGGCUUUUAUGCUGCGUUCGCAAAACCUGCCUGGGUUUUUGCUAUUGCAUGGAUUAUUUCGGCUUGUGCUACCAACAAUGCUGGUCCGGUUAAUAGGAUACUUUCGUCGACAAUUUUUGAAGUACUCAAUAAGUUCACUUACAGCAUGUUCCUUAGCCAUGUCACAGUUCUAAGUUUUAGUCUGAAUAGAUACAUAUUGAGGUACUUUACAAUUUUUAAUUUGUUUUAUGAACUUUGGGGCACUGUUGCAUACAGUGCUUUGAUUUCAGUCUUCUUAGUUUUUGCUGUCGAAGCUCCUGUGACAACUUUAUUGGUCGUUUUAUCACCAUUUAAGACCGCUGUGCGAGCAAUAGUCAAGGUUAACGCUCUGAUUAUAUACAUAGUAUUCAAGUGCAUUACUGGAAUUCUUUACUCAACGGCAUCUAAGCCGGAUGGAUUCAUUCAUCAUUCGUCUACGAACUUGGCCACAGAACACCGCUAUUACGAAUAA